UCUGUGAAACUCAAGUCAGUAUAGUGCAACAGACGGUUUUAGCUGUUUCCGGGCGCUUCAGCUCUGCCGCAAUGUAACACACGUGACUCGUUCUUAGAUGUAUUUCAAGAUUAACAUUUAAAAUCGUUGAAUCAUGGGAACGAGAUUUUAGUGAAUUGUGAUCGUGAAUUAUGAGGCAAUGGAGGCGAUACAUUGCGUUACGUGUUGCUGGCGCCUUCAUCCUUUUGGUGUGUCUACUGUAUACCUCCCGUCCCCCAGAGGGAAAAAGACCCCCGCCACCUUCACCCAGUCAAGGUGAUGUACAGGUGGAUAAAGAUGAGCAGGUUAAUGACCCUCUUUCCUUCUGCCGUACGCCGAGCGGUCCUCAGACUCCUCACCAACACUUCCUCAAACUCGUGGAUAUCUUUAGCCUGAAGGAGGCGCAGCAGGAGGGUGUUAAUAACAUCCUGCUAGUGGAGAGCUCCUGUGCAGUCAACCCUAACCUCCGCGUCUGGUGUGCACUGGAGAGUCUGGCGCGGCAGAACCCGCAAGCGGUAGUGUGGUACGUCAUGACGUCACAGGUGGUGGACUUGCGGCAGGUUGUGGCUGGUCGCCUGCUGGAGCACUACCACAACCUGAGGGUGGUGACGGUGGACCUGCGUCAGGUGUUCUACAACACACCACUGAUGGACCUGUACACCUCCACCGCCUGGAACCACAACACCAGUUGGCCCGAGAUAAACCUGGCAGACCUCAUGAGGCUCGGGUUAGUGUGGCACUUGGGUGGGUUCUACGUGGAUACAGACGUGGUGUGCAUCAGGUCACUGGCCUCCCUGACCAACGUGAUAGGCUGGCAGGAGAGGUCCACCCUGGGCUCCGGCGUCUUCCACUUCGACAGUCACCACCCUGUCCUUCGUCGGGUGAUGGAGUAUGCUGCAGAGACCUUUAAGACGAACAGGUGGGGCGCCAGUGGACCUGUAGCCUUGACGCAUGUGAUGAAGGCAGUGUGUGAGAAGGAAGUGUUAGUGACGGGAGCUGCCACUCGGUGUCACGGCGUCACUCUCCUCCCCAUCAGAGCCUUCUACCCCGUCCCCGCCCCUGUGUGGAAGACGCUCUUCACCCGCCAGACCCCCAGAGACCUCACCAUGAGGUACCCACACUCGUACAUGAUCCACAUAUGGAACCAGAUGAGUCGCAGUCAGCCUUUCUUCAGGGGAUCCAGUAGCAUCUACGACCAGGCGGCCAAGACUUUCUGCCCCAUCACCCACGCCCACCUACCCACCCACAACUAACCCACCUACCCACCCACCACUAACCCACCUACCCACCCACCACUAACCCACCUACCAGCCACUGCUGAUUGAGGACCGUGACGACCAUCUUCUUCACCCCGCUACCAGCCACAACCAAGUCCUGUCUUCAUAUAACCAACUUCUGAUUGUAUAGUUUAUUAUAUAAGUCAUUAUUGUAA